AUGAGCGUCUACGGAGGCAAAGGACCUAUGACCAACGCCGUCCUUUGGGUCGAAGUUGUCGUAUUCACAUUUUUUGUCGGACUAAGAAUCUAUACACGAAAGAAGAUCCUGAACUCCGUUGGUCUCGACGAUUAUCUCGUCGUUUUUGCACUGCUUCUUCAUGUCCUCUAUACUAUAUUCGUCACAAUUGCAACGCACUAUGGCCUAGGCCAGUUGUAUGCUGAUGUUGGCAAUCCAGUAAUAUAUUUCACUGCAGUAAAAUAUGAGCUCUUCAGCCAGGUAGCUGGUCUCAUGGUUAUUGGGGUUGGCAAAGCGGCGGUUGGAACUUUCCUGCUUCGAAUUGUGCGAAACAAGAUUCACAUUUGGGUUAUAUGGGGAUGUCUCAUAAUCACCGCUGUCCUUACACUAUUUGCUAGUAUCACUGUCAUAGUGCAGUGUGUACCAGUUGAAAAAUCCUGGAACCCCUCCGUUCCUGGAACAUGCUGGCUGAACUUUUCCAACGUCGGGUAUACUGUUGGAUCAUGGUUCGUGGCUGCAGAUUUCUCGUUUGCCAUUCUCCCAUGGUUUGUCGUGUGGGACUUGAAUAUGAAGCAAAAAGAGAAGAUCACUGUUGCCUGCGGUCUUAGCCUUGGAAUAUUUGCUGGGGUUUGUGGCAUCGUCCGCACAGUAGCCUUGUCUGGCCUCGACGCAUCCGAAUACAUUUAUGACACCGUACCAAUGCUGAUCUGGUCAGCGACCGAGAGUUGCGUCACAAUAAUGUGCUCCACGAUCCCCGUGCUCCGACCUCUAUACAUCCGCGUUCGAUACGGCAAGGAUGGCAAGGACAGCUCCACCGGUGGCAGCUCAUACAAGUUGCCAAUGUAUGGCUCGGGUCAAAAAUACAGCAGCAGCAGACAUUACGGCCAGCUUUCGAAAUCUGGCUUCGACUCUUCUGUCGUUGAGACAAAGGGGUUUUCCGACCACAUGGCCACCGUCAAACAUAGCAGAAGCAACAACAGCGAUGAUACUAUACUCCGGAAUGCGGCUGGCAUUGAACGGACAGACGAGAUUUCUGUUAGCUACGAGGCGUUCGGCGAUAGGAAGGUCUAG